AUGAUUCGAUCGGGUAUCCUCUUACUUGUCACAUUUUCGUCUGUUUUUUCACAAAAUCCAUUAACAAAAGCUUGGAAAGAGGCAGUUCCUGGAGUUCAACCAUUUUGGGAGAAAUAUCAAACUGGUCCACACGGAGUUGUUAUUCGAGGAUGGCAAUUCAGUAGAUGUGCUAGUGAACAGGUCAGUUAUUUAGGCAGAUACUAGAAAUUCAAGUAGGACCGGAGGCUAGGACCACAUCAAUAAAUUUCGGAUCAGGACCACAUCAAUUUUAGAGUGGGGAGUUCCAUUUGUAGAAUGUUGUUUCUUUUCCUGUCCAAUUUGUUAUUCCAGUAUAUGUUUAGCAAUCAGAAUUUGUUAGUAUUUGAUCGCUGGUCGCAUGACGAGAUAUCAUAUCUCAUAUCAUUUUUUUCUGUUGACGAACAAAAAUGACGUUGGGUUCAAAUUUGAUUUUUGGAACUAACACACAUUUUUUGCAUCAAAAGAUAAAAUGUUUUUCAGUGGACAAACUAUGUCGUAAAUGUGUCAAAUAUCGUAAUUUGGCCAGAUUAUCCACGUUUCCCGGGUCCAAUUUUCUUCAAUGUUACAAUGGAUGUUAGCGAAGAUUUGCCAAUCGAAAAAAUCGAAAUGGAUUUGGAGGUUCGUCAUGCGGUAACAAAUAAACAAGGAUCAAAAGGAUGGCAAGUUAUUCCAUGUCAAGGAUGGAAUAUUAUUGAUGGAUGUGAUGGAGUUGGAUCAUGUAGAUAUUGUGAUAUGUUGGAUAAAUGUAAUGAAGCUGUUAAAGGAGCACAUAAAUAUGUUAAAGAUAGAAAAGCUCUUGAUUUCUUGAAACAAAACAAAUUAUGUCCACCACCAAAAGGACAUUGGACUAUGACUUUUUCGAAAGUUUUCACUAGUGAAGAUUUGCCAAAAUCAUUCUUCGGACCACUUCAAUCGGUAUGUUAAUUAAAUUUGGGUUUGUCACGUAGAUUUUAUUUAGGGUUACUGUAGUGUUUCAAAAUAAAAAAAUCUUCCAGGGGUUACUGUAGAUUAUGAUAUGUUAUAGUUUUUCACACAGUAACUCGAGAGAGGCAUAUAGGUUUUUUGAAAGAAAUCCAAUAAAGCGAUAUGGCGUUUCGAGACCUAUUCUGAAUUUUCAUAAAAAAUUGAAAAAUCAUUCUCCCAUGCGUUGUCUCAAAACACGAAAUCUGCAUUGGGUAUUUCUCUAGAAGAUUUGUUCAUUGCACAAACAAAAUCUCAGGGUUUUUCUCGAAUUUCAAAAUUCAAUUCAAAUUUCUCAAUAUGUUUUUAAUGAAACGGGGCACAUAGUUCCACUCUUUUUUCCAAAUUAAAAUUCAUUUUCAAAAGUGUCCUCUCUUUAAAAUAUAAACCUCACCAAGUUAUUUUUUGCAGAAUGAAUAUUGGUUGACAUUUUCGUUCACUGACGGAAAAGACAAAAAAUUGGGAUGUGCUCGUUUGUGGGUUGAUGUUUGUAAAUAUCAUUUGCAAGAUAAAUCACAAAAAUGUCUCCGCGAUCCAAAUGCAUUCAAGAACUUCAUCAACGAAAUCUCAUCACAGGCUGAACAAAUUCGUAAUCGAAAUGGAAAAUAA